GGCGACGCACAGCAGCCGUGACGUAACUUCCUUUUGGUAGCACAUCAGCAGAAGCUAAUCUGUUAGCAUCGAAAAUGAGUUUGUUUUUGCCCAAAUUAACGUGCAAAAAAGACAUAGAUGAAGUUAUCAAAGGCGUCGCAGAAAAAGUCGUCGUUUUGAGGUUUGGGAGAGACGAAGAUUUGGUUUGUCUCCAGCUGGAUGAGAUUCUAUCAAAAACUGCCCAUGACCUGAGUAACAUGGCGUCCAUCUACAUCGUCGAUGUGGAUAAAGCUCCCAUCUACACGAGAUACUUUGACAUCAGCUACAUCCCCUCCACUGUUUUCUUUUUCAACGGACAGCACAUGAAAGUGGACUAUGGCUCCCCAGAUCACACCAAGUUUGUCGGCAGCUUCAAGACCAAACAAGAUUUCAUGGAUCUGAUUGAGGUCAUAUACAGAGGAGCCAUGCGCGGGAAGAUGAUCGUCCAGAGUCCCAUAGAUCCUCAGAAUAUUCCCAAAUAUGAUCUCCUCUACCAUGGGAUUUAAAAUCAACACCUUCACUGUGCGGCCUUAAGAUGAGAAUGAGUUCUCCCUGAGCAGCAAGUGACAGAAAUUAGCUUUGACUUUCAAGCAAACAUCUGAAGGAGUUUUGAUAUACAUUGCUCUUUACUCCUUGUCCUUUUGCUAUGUUUAAAGGUUGCUAUGGAACAAUGUUUUUAUGUGUGGGUCCCAGCUUGGGUAGGUUUCAUGCACACGCUGUGGCACAUAUUCCAGCCACUAUUAGACUGACCAACAGGGAAAAAACAGACUAAUGCGAAGGCACUGUGGGCCAGUGAAGAAGACAGCAAGCUGUUAAACAGAGAAAUGUAUUAAACACGUCUGUUAGACCUCAAGGAUACACACAGUUUGUCUUGUUGAUUAACAAACACUGUAAACUGAAACUUUGUUUGUUUACAAGGAGAAUCCACAGAGCACCUUUUCAGACAUGCGUACACAAAAACAAUGUUUACCCAAACCCUGUGGAAAUACAGUUAUUAUAAAUACCAGUUUGAUAAUUUGGGAAGACUUUUAAAAAGCAGAUUUAAAGACAUGACAAAUAGACACAGGGUAAUAGGCUUUGUUAAAGCUCCCAUUAUUCAAAAUUAUUGACAGCAGAGCAUCUUUUUCAAUGAAAAUAAUUAGAUAUUUCCAUAUUUUUUCCCGACAGCCUUUCUCAUAUUCUCUGUGUCUCAUGUUUGAUAGAGAAUGUGUGUUUUGAUAAAUUAUUUUCAUCAACUUUUUUCUGAUUUUAUUUAUUUAUUGUGAAAAUGUAGUGUGGUCUUGAUGUUUCCCAUGGAAAAUAGAAAAUAAAUACAGUUCAUUUAUGCAAUGUAAAUGCUCUCUUUUUAUAAUAAACUUUUAUAUUUUAUCUUGCACCAUUCCCUCCAUUGUUCUG